AUGGCAGGAACCAAGUUAAUCUUGAUGUCACGUCCUGGCCUGAUGGCACCAUUCGAACCUGAGCGUCUCCCGAUCUCUAGAUUAUCGAACAACCCGCCUCCGGUAAUGGCUUCCGCAGCACCAGCACCGGAGGCCCCAGCAACCCAAUCUCCAGGGGCCGCGACACCCUCUCCGGCCACCAAGGUCUCUCGAGCGCCGAACAGCAACUGA